UUUACAAGAUGGGAAGAUUUACCAGACCCAUGGUAUCGUUAUUAUUUCUAGCUCUUUUUAUUGCUUUGGGCUGGACUCAAGACUGGGAAGAGAUGUACUCUGAUCCAGAAAUCAGGCUAAUUGAGCCUGCUCCUAGAGAAGGCAGUAAGGGAAAUUUAAUAGGAACUCAAAUAUGAGGAGGAACGAGAAGAAUAGGAAAAAGUGGAUUCGUUGCUGCUCCUAAUACGCAUGUCUUUGCUAAAUGGAAAACUGUUCACUCUGAUGUCGGUGGAAUGUGAAAAAUUACUAUUAAAAAGAAUAGUUCCGAAGACUUCCAGCCAGUGGAAGUCUUGGGAUAUACAGAAGAUGGAUGGUUUGAAUGUGGAAGAAAAGCUGGUUUGGAUGAAACAAAGCAAUUUAAAACUCCCAACUACACUUGAGAAAUGUGCACACUUCAAUUCCAAUUUGGCACAACUAGAGGAGAUAUCUCUGUUUGAUCAGAAAUCUCCUUGAAGGAAGGAGAAAAUAUUAGUUGUGAAGGAAAAUGAGUCAAUGGAGGAACUUGCUUUAAUGGAGUAUGUCUUUGUGCUUCUGGCUAUCAAGGAAAAUAUUGUGAUGGCAAAGGCUAUCUCGAAGAUAACACCCCCAGUAUGUGGGUUAUCUUAUUGGCUAUUGUAGCGAUUAUUGUAUUCUUUAUAAUUUUUGGAACUUGGCUAGUGAGAUUCAUCAGUAACGCUAAAGAAAAGUUCAAUGAUCGAAUGACCCCUGGAUAUAGCUUCAAUAAUGAAGUAGCAGACCAGAGCACUGAAGAAAACAAUGAGGAUGAUCGGUUUGACUCUUUUAGACAAAAGAGAAGAGGCUUUAAACAUCAUAGAGUGGAAGAGCAAGAUAGCUUUUAAGAUGAGCAAUUUCAAUUAAAGCCUCC